CACAAAUCCUCCCUCUUUUGAUUUGGUAACUUGAAGAAUUUAAUUCAUGCAGGCAUUAGCAAUCAGCGUCACAUAAAUUAGGAAUUCAUGAUAACCAAUCCGCCCAAUAUGAAUUACAAUAAUAUUCUCUUACAUGCGUUUACUCCUGAAUAUCAUGAGAUUCUUGCAAGAUUUACGUGGGAAAUAAAAAUGAGAAUAUUGUAAUUUAAAAUGCUCGACCUCAAUUUCGAGAUUUCUUUCUACUUACAAAAUACUUACCUUACCGACACAACACCAACACAACUAUUUCCAUCUUUAAUCAAAUGACCCAAAAGAAAAUAAAAGAAAAGAAAAAACAUAACCAACCAAGUCUAUAUAUAAAUACCGCACUCUCGUCUUGUCUCAAAUCCAUCCAUUACAGACCCUAUAGCCUAUCUCCUCCUCCUAAAGAAAACCCUAGUUUCCAAGCUCUGUCUUUGAUCGUGAGGGGAGGAAGAGUUGGAAAUGUUGUCUACAAUGGAAUCUCGAUCUUACAUGACGUGUGGACUGAAAGUGGACACCAAGUCCGGCGGAUGGCAUAAGUGCCUAACGAAAAUGCUGAAAAAGAUCCGAGGAGCGUCAUACAAUGUAGAUGCAGAAGCAGGUAUGGCAUAUAUUUCUGGUAAAGUAAACCCGACCAAGUUACUGAGAAGGCUAGUGCAGGCUGGGAAAGAGGCAGAAAUCUGCUGGGUCAGGACUGGAGAUCAAUGUACCAACUAUGACGGCUAUGGCGAGGGCAACAUUGUCAAUGCCAAUGGGUAUUAUGACCAUCAUUCAUAUUAUAGGGCUGGAGCAGUUGACCCAUAUAUGGAUGGGUAUAAUGGUCCUUAUGGACAAAGAUCAUCAUAUUACCCAUACGGCCAUUACUAUCCCCAGGCGCCACCAUACACCUAUUAUUGAUCAUCCAAUAAUUAAUUACUUCACCCCUUGUAUUUGAGGAAGCAAUUUUGUGUCAGGGUUGAUUAGGAGUCGACCGACCUACCUAAUUAUAUAUACACUAGCUAAUACGUGCAUGGUAUUCAUUGUUUUUUAUUGGAUACUAUGUAACG